AUGGCUUCUGAGGCUGCUCAGAAUUUCCUUCAGCCACUGUCAUCUUGGAUGUCUCAAAUAUACGAAGCUAUCCAACAAGCAGGAGACUCUAUAUCUGCUUCACUGCUGAAUUUGAGUGGAGUGGGUCGUAAGUCCGAAGAAGAGAGGAACCGGGACUUGGAGAAUAAUGGAGGAGUUUAUGAGGAGUAUUCUGAGGAAGCAGAUGAUGAACACCACCUGGACCUCUGGGAUGAGGAAUACUUGUAUCCUAGAGAAGAUGGUCACAUUGUGGGUCCUGAUCUUGCUUCACGAGCCCUUCCUCAUGGCUCUGACAUGGGUCUGCAGAGGCAAAAACAGAUUAAAAAUACCAGCAGCUUACCAGAGCAGUGUGUUGAAAGCACCAGGUCUUUGACAGCCAAUGGAUCCUACUGGAUGAAUGAAGAUCUCCAGCCGCUCGAUCGGCUUCCUGCCAUCGCUGAGGAAGAAGGUGAGCCCUCUAUGAGGAUGGGAGGCCAUGAGCACAACCUCAGCAUGAGCGGCUCCUUAAAAAGUAAUAAUGGCAAGGCAAGUUUUGCAGAUCUGGAUGGACUAAGCCAACUGAGUUACCAAGACAACCUAUCCUAUCGUGAAGAUGACCAUCUAUCUGUUGAUUCAAGAACAACAACUGAGAGCAGGGGCACUGGGCGGUGUAAAGGGCCUAGGAUGGAGUCCAGUAUUGCCGAUGGCGUUAGCCGGCAAGCCACAGAAGGACGUUUGGAAAUGGAGACAGCAUUUACCAACCAGGGAUUUGAAGUAAAUGAUGCUACUGACAGCUCAUCGGCUUGGAGCCCUGAGGAACAUGAUAAAGUGAACACUGUACCAGCUCACGAGCCCAUCUGUAAAUGUGGUGAUCUAGAUGUCAUCUUCAACUACAAAGCCUCAAGUCAAAAGCUAGUAGUUACUAUCUUGGAAGCCAGGGAUAUCCCAGACAAAGAUCGCAGCGGUGUGAACACCUGGCAAGUGCACACAGUCCUGAUGCCUAGCAAGAAACAGAGGGGUAAGACAAGUGUUCAGAGAGGACCCAUCCCCAUGUUCAAGGAUAAAAUUACCUUCAGUAAGCUGGAGCCAGAGGAGUUAAGCAGCCACGCCAUUCGUUUCCGCCUCUAUGCGGUGCACAGGAUGAUUGUAGAGAAGAUGAUGGGAGAGCAGUUCUUCUACCUGAGCAACAUCAGCCAGGAAGGGGAAGCGAAGGUGACGUUGGUCUUGGAGCCAAGGACUAAUUUGAGCGUAAGUUUGAUGAAAGAAAUUCUGUCAGCAAUCUCUCACAGUGAUAGCGCUUCUUCAACACAGUCCCUGUCGCAUGGAGGGGUGCCAGAGCUGCUCGUGGGAUUGUCGUACAAUGCCACUACGGGGCGGCUGUCAGUGGAGAUGAUCAAAGGCAGUCAUUUCCGAAACCUCGCAAUUAAUAGGCCACCUGACACCUAUGGAAAGCUCUGCCUGCUCAACUCCAUGGGCCAGGAGAUGUCUCACUGCAAGACCUCCAUCCGUCGAGGACAGCCCAACCCUGUCUACAAGGAAACUUUCGUCUUCCAGGUUGCCCUCUUCCAGCUCUCUGAUGUCACGCUAAUGAUUUCCAUAUACAACAGACGCAGCAUGAAGCGCAAGGAGAUGAUCGGCUGGAUUUCUAUGGGUCAGAACAGCAGCGGAGAGGAAGAGCAAAGUCAUUGGCAGGAAAUGAAGGAGUCGAAGGGGACACAGAUCUGCAGGUGGCACAUGCUACUGGAGUCCUAG